CACCUGCGCCCGGUCACCGAGCCGGCGGCGGGACCUUCUGCUCGGGGGAAGGAGGGGAUGGGCUUUGUCGAGGGGUUCCCGCCUGUGUGCUUAUAUAUAUGCUGGGAUAGAAACCUGUCAGAACAACCUAUCAGUUGGCACUACAGUUUAAUUUGGAAAAGUUUCUGAGCUCUGCUGCGGAACUUGUUAAGGGAGGAACCACUUCAGCAUAACCCCUCACCUGGCGGCUGCUGCGCACCCGCAGGCAGAGACUGCCUGGUUCGCAAGCAUCGGCGGGGGGCUCCGGGUCUUUCCUGUGAGCCCCGUCCCUUCUCUCCGGCCAAGCCGGCUAGGCUCCCCGUCGCUGGUACUGCCCAGCUUUGUGUCGCUCCUGUUGUGGCGGAGUUCCCAGGAGAGAAGAGGCUCGUUUUGUCCCUCCCGUUAGUUUCAGCCAAGAGGAAAGAAUUUUUUUUUUAAUUUUCUUUCCCCCCUAAUAUCAGCAUUUAAUGGAGCGGGAAAAGCAUAUUUCCUGCCCCGCGCUAAUUAUAGCGCGUCCUCCACCGCGCUGCCCCUUCCGUUCCCAAGCGGCCGGCGAGCCCCCGGAGCCGGCGCUGCCGGCGUACCCGCCCCGCAGGUUUACCCCGCUGCCCGAGAGGGGGUCUCCCACCCCAGGAGCAUGGCCCACGCCGGGCUCCCGUUCCUAGAGGCGGCGCCCGGGCUGGGGGCCGGGACCAUGCACCCGGCGCGGCGCUGAACCCCGCGGCGGCGAAGCGGAGCCCUCUCCUGCCGGCAGCCCCCGACCUGCCUGCGAGCGGGGCCGCGCCCGCCGCCGCCGCCCAUGACCCUGCGCUCCGCCGAGUCCCUGGAGAGCGCGGAGAGCUCCGGGGAGCGCUGGGGGCACCCCGGGGCGGCGGCGCCCGUUGCCGAGGAGUGCCGUGAGGCGGAGCAGCUGGCCGCGGCUAUGGAGGAGCUGCGGCGGGCAGGGUGGUACUGGGGCAACAUGACUGUUGCUGAAGCCAAAGAAAGGUUACAGGAUGCCCCCGAAGGGACCUUUUUGGUUAGGGAUAGUUCGCAUUCAGAGUAUCUACUGACUAUAUCGGUAAAAACAUCAGCGGGACCGACCAAUCUACGUAUAGAAUAUCAAGAUGGCAAGUUUAGACUGGACUCCAUCACUUGUGUCAGAUCUAGACUUAAACAGUUCAACAGCGUUGUGCAUUUGAUUGAGUACUAUGUUCUUAUGUGCAAGGAUAGAACUGAAACACCUUCAAAUGGAACAGUUCAUCUUUACUUGAACAAACCCCUCUAUACAUCUGCUCCAUCUCUGCAACACCGCUGCAGAAUAGCUAUAAACAAGAGCACAAAUCAGAUCUGGGAGCUACCAUUACCAACAAGACUAAAAGAGUACUUGAAAGAGUAUCAAUACCAGGUAUAAAUAUAUUUUCUAAAUGCCUCUAACACAGAGUAAAUUUUGAAUGCAAUUCUUUAAAUCAGCCAAAGAACUGAGUAACCAGUUGUACGACUCGGCAUGGAAUUCACUAUCAAAACAGUGGCAGUUCUGGGGGAAAGGUUUUUAUUUCAGAUGCUACAAAGGGAGACUUUAUGUAAAAUAAUCCUAGUUUGCAUCCUUGGGGGUUCGACAAGGUGGCAUGCUAUUCUUGCAAGGAGAGAGAGAAGCCAGGAAUCUGUCCAGAUUGUGUUGCUUUGUCAAUAAAAUGCUGCACUAGCUCUCAAAUGCUUACUGAAGCAGUGGGAUGGGAGAGACUUCAUAAGUGGUCAGAGAGAGUUUACAAGUAUCUCAGUUGUCUGAUUCCAAGAUUAAUUUGGUGCUGGUGUUCAUAUAAUCCUAAAAGCUUAAAUAGAUCACACUGUGAUAAUCUUACUAAAGUUAUGCAACUAAUCAAAUCCAGUCAGAAAAAUGAUCAUGUAUUCAGUUUUUAUUGAACUACUUUCCUGCUUUUCUGCAAGCAAAGGAGUACUGUAAAUAAUCAGUCUAAAAUACUGUUUUUCAAAGUUCUCUGAAAGCUGACCUUAGGAGGAAAUGCUACAUCUUUCAUAGGAACCCAGUAUAUUGCUGAUUAUACCAGACUGGUAUCCCAAAAUCUUUAACAUGUUAAUAUCUUCACAGUGGUGAUGUAUCCAUGCUAUUAUUAUUAAGCCUCUUUUGGUUGAGGCUUUAGAACUAUAUGCUUUAGACUUGCAGUUUCAAUGUCAAGACAUGGAUUUCAGCAGUUACAUGUGUCUUCUACAGUGUAGAAUGUUUUCUUCAGGCUGUUUCCCAAAAUGUGGGGAAAUAAGAUGUGGAUUUUUUUAAGGGGGUUGGUUUACCUUUUUCUUGUUUUUUAUUUUCUUUUUAUUUCUUUUUAUUUCAUUUUAUUUUAUUUUUUAACUUCUAAUUCACCAUUGUAGCUAUCAGAUAAUUACUCAAUAAAGUAAAUCAAAGUGCACAACUAUCUCCCAAUCUUUUUAUGUAUGGAUUUGCUACUAUUGAGGAAAGAGUGUUCUUAUAUGGGAACUUAUAUAAUUUCCCAGCUAAUACUCAGAUAAAUGCACAUGUAUCACUGAAGAUGAAUACCCCUGCUUUGCCUUUGUGGUGCUGCUCAAAAGUAUAGCUGGAUUACAUUCAGAUUAGUGGCUUAGAGGCUACCUGCUGAAUUCCUGUAGUUGGGUAUUAGCAUAGGACACUGCUUUUUCUGUUACAGUAGUCUCCCAAACAGGAAGAGAAGACUAAGACCCUCAGUACCCAUUCUUCAGCCCAAAUGUAAAGUAUUUAAUAGAAAAAAUACACAGGACGAGAAUAGUAGGAGUGCAGUAAAAAGAGAAGCAAGGACAUGGACUCAUCCUUAGUCAACAAAUUAAUAGUUUGAAUUAUUUCCUUAGCUUAUUUGUUAAUUAAAGCAAAGAGACCUGUGCUUGAACAAGGAGGGUUGUCAACAUUUGCUGUAAUCUAGCUUUGUCCAGGCUGAAAUAGAAACAACAUAAAAUAAUCCUGUUUUCUUUGUGACUUAAAUGCUCUGUUGUACUGUCAGGACAUUCUGUCCCUUCUCAUAAACUCUGGGGCAUCAACCAGCUAAUUUAUUGCAUCUAAACUCCCAGUGUUAUACACUCAGUUUUGUCUGUAACAUGCUGGCAGAAAUGAGUAGCUGAGCCAUUGAGAAAAAGAAUGCAGCAAGAACCUGAGGCAGAGUGGAUGGCUCCUUGGUAUGACAUAUAAUUGAUAUGUUCUUGUUCUUUCUAUGCAAAAGGUGGGCUUCUCCUCCUCCAUGGCUUAAAUUUUCUGUCCCCAUUUUCAACUCAAGCUUCAGUAUAGAAAUGGGAGGGGUUUUCUUCUGAAAAACAAACCAAAAUAUUUUGUUAUGUAAAAUUUUCCCCAUGUCUUGCCAAAAUGUAUUUGGAAGUUUCUCACAUAUGGUGACAACCCUUUGUUCCCAUGCCCAAAGAGUUUAUGUAUUCUAGGUAUGUGUCAUAAUCACACGGUUCUUGUCAUCAGUUUUGCUAAGAUCUGCCACCCUCAGGCUGAAGAGCUUUUCCUGUGAGCAGAGCCUGUUAAAAAACUGUGUUUCUGGGAACACUUUUCAUUCUGAUGAAUCUUUUCUUACAGUUCUUGCCUAGCUCUACCAUGUGGUGAGAGACCUGCUGUAUGGAAUAACUUCCAUCACAGUCACAAACACUCUAAUCUGCCGGUGUUAACAUUCUACUACUGUGCCUUUUCUGCCAGGGUGAUAUGCUUGGGGUCUCAAUGGUAAACACAUUGUACUAAUGACCUUUAAAAUAAAUCCCUGGGGGUUUAAAAUCAUGACUACCAGUGCUGGAGCAAGUCGACUGAGAAGAUAAGAGCAUUGGGGUGCAAUGAGACUGCUGUGUUGCAAAUAUAAGAAAUUAUUUAUGGCUUGCUGCUGGCAGACCAUGUAAGCAGUCACAGGCCAAGUGUACCCCACAGCAGAGCCAAGUUCUGAGGAACAAGAAGGGGCAGAUCAGAGAAGCUUGCUGUUUUUUUUAAUAACAGUUCUCCAAAGCACAAGGGCAAAUGACAGGCUGAGGACAAGGAGUGCUGGCAAAGUGAAAGGUGGUGAUUCUCAUAACUAAUCAAGAUUAGUUACUGUGAUGUGGAAUCAAGUCACCAAACACUGAGCAUAUUGACCUAGACUUCAUAUCACUUGUAUUAGUUCCUGUGAGGAAAAGCAGGCUCUGUAACUAUAGUGUGCUCGAAGCCGUGAACAAUAUUUUAAACAGACUGGAGGGGGAACUAGUCCUCUUUGUAUGAAAGCACAGUUCUUGUCCUCAUUAGGAUGCCAGUCCUAGGGCUGAUGCAUUGCACUAGUAAAACUAAACCACAGUAUAGCUUGCAGAAAGCUCGGCUUCUUUCUAACACAGCACAGAGGAAUGAUUUGUUCUGGUACAAAAAAAUCUAAUGAUAGAACAUGAUUAGAUUUCAGCAGUACAAAGCUCUUGCACAUAGACUUUGUGAAUUUUCAGACAUAAAAAUUUUCAGACAUGUUGUUCAAACAUUUUUAAAAAAAAUCAGUGCCUAAUUUUUUUUUUCUUUACCUUAUGGGUGUUGUAGCUUGUUUGCAGCAAUAGCUUUUAAAUUGUGGGCCCUUCAGAUUAUAAACAUUACUUCUAACUGAAAUAUAUACAUAUAUAUAUAACUGAUAUAUAUAAUCUUGAAUUGCUAGUACAGAGUGUGCAGCAAAGCCAGUUUCACAGGUUCAAUGCCCAUGAGUCAACCAAAAAUCAUGAUAAGGACUUUAAUCCUAAGCCUUUUUUUCACACAGCCAUGUGUUGGUUUGGUUUUUCUUUUUUGAGUCUUGGAGUUUCAGAUUUUCCAAUUUAUACCUGGUAUGUUAGAAAACCUCUUCACUUUACUUAAAGGAAAACUGAGAAUCCUACAAUCCUAAAAGGCAUGCUUUAAAAAACAACUAAAAUAAAUACAAUUGCAAGAUGAAUGAUGAAAAUUGAACUUGUAACAGUAAUUAGUUUAGCACUAAACCUAGCAGAAG